AUGGCGGCGGGCGGCGCGGGCGCGGCGGCGCGUCGGCAACUCGGCGACAACUUCUCGCAGCGGGUGCGCGCGCGAAGCAACUGCUUCGUCACCACCGUCGACUCGCGCUUCCUCAUCGCCGCCGGCUUCUGGGACAACUCCUUCAGGGUCUUCUCCACGGAGACCGCCAAAAUAGUACAAAUAAUCUUCGGGCACUACGGCGUGGUGACGUGCGUGUCGCGCUCGGAAUGCAACAUCACCUCCGACUGCUACAUCGCGUCCGGCUCGGAAGACUGUACGGUUCUGCUUUGGCACUGGUCUGCGCGCGCAGGCGGCAUCGUGGGCGAAGGCGACACGCCGGCGCCGCGCGUGACGCUGACCGGGCACGACGCGCCCAUCAACGCCGUGCUCGUCUCCGCCGAGCUCGGGCUCGUCAUCUCCUCGUCGCUGAGUGAGUACACACACACACACACACACACACACACACACACACACACCGGCGCCGCGCGUGACGCUGACCGGGCACGACGCGCCCAUCAACGCCGUGCUCGUCUCCGCCGAGCUCGGGCUCGUCAUCUCCUCGUCGCUGAGUGAGUACACACACACACA